AGAAUUUUCACUUAUUUCAUGGCUUUUCCGACAACAAGUGCACAGCAAGCCGAAACAAACCGAAAGAUACUCGAGGACAUCCAGACCAAAAAGCAGCUGCUUGCUGGCGGGAUAAUUAACCUGGGACUGAGCAACACAAAUCAAAUGCCCUCUCCUCAGUUGCUCGGCCAGCCGACAGUAGCACCUGAAUUCCUACCGCAGGGCGUGGGCUUACCCACAAAUGCCACGCCGCCCCGAUCCGCAUUUAACCCUACCAGUUCCACCACUUUGGGCUUCUUUAUCCCCCAAGAUUCGUAUUUUGGAAACAGCUUCAUUCCCGUGCUUCCUCGCCUGGAGCCCUUACCGACGACCACAGCCCCGGCCACGACGACGGCCAGCCACAUCGCACCCAAAUAACCGAAC